CUGACUGAUGCUAUCAACCACUCGAUUGUAUCCAGUCAAAAUUAAUCUCCACCGCAGAGAAAUCUUCCUCAUCCGGAGACUAGAAUUCGUCGGUUCGAAGAAGACGAAGACGAAGACGAGGGAAAAGAAAGCGCAAGUCUUUUAGUAGUAGUGAGGUUAAUUCCCAGCCUCAGAUCCAGCACGAGCUUUUGACUCUUCAACACAGUCGCCAAAAACACCACUUUCAAUUCACACUUCAAAAUUCAAACUUCAAACCCUCAGAAAAAUCUGACCUUUUUACACCAAAAAUAAAACAAGCUGCCCACGUUAUCGAAGGGGAACCCAGAUGGUACCCAGAAGGCCCCAGACCCAUCUCCCUCUUCCCCUUUGCUUUGUCUUGCUUUUCUCUCCAUAAAGGAACCCUCUUGAUCGCUUCUCUUUUUUGCCUUUGUACGGGUUUUUUUUAGGAGAAUUGAAGAUGGAGAGUGCGGGAGUGGCAGUUGGAACCGGAGGAGGAACCCCCACCUAUGGGGGGAGAUAUGUAAGGUAUAACAUCCUGGGUAGCAUCUUUGAGGUGUCCUCCAAGUACGUUCCUCCUAUUCAGCUUGUUGGUCGCGGCGCAUACGGCUUCGUCUGUUGUGCCAAAAAUUCUGAGACAAACGAAGAGGUUGCAAUAAUGAAGAUUGGGAAUGCAUUUGAUAACAGGAUUAAUGCUAAGAGGAUACUCAGGGAGAUCAAACUCCUCCGUCACCUGGAUCAUGACAAUAUUGUCAAGAUCAAGGACAUCAUACCACCGCCAGAAAGGGAAGGGUUCAAUGAUGUCUAUAUGGCAUAUGAACUGAUGGAUACCGAUAUGCAUCAGAUAAUACGGUCUAGCCAGCCUCUGACUGAUGAUCACUGUCAGUAUUUCCUCUAUCAAUUGUUGAGGGGACUGAAGUACAUACACUCGGCUAAUGUUUUGCACCGAGAUCUAAAGCCGAGCAAUCUGCUUCUCAAUGCAAACCGUGAUCUUAAAAUUGGUGACUUUGGGCUUGCAAGGACCGCUUCUGAGACUGACUUCAUGACGCAAUGUGUUGUCACUCGUUGGUAUAGGCCCCCUGAGUUGCUGCUCAACUGCUCAGAGUAUACUGCUGCCAUUGAUAUCUGGUCAGUUGGUUGUAUUCUCAUGGAGAUAAUUAGAAGGGAACCACUUUUCCCUGGUAAAGACUAUGUUCAGCAGUUGGCACUUAUUACUGAGCUACUAGGAUCACCUGAUGACUCAGAUCUUGGAUUCCUAAGAAGUGACAGUGCUAGGAAUUGUGUCAAGCAGCUUCCACAGUUACCAAAGCAACCCUUUUCUAGGAAGUUCCCAGACGUGUCUCCUGUUGCAAUUGAUCUUGCAGAGAAGAUGUUGGUUUUUGAUCCAUCCAAGCGCAUUACUAUUGAGGAAGCACUGAAUCAUCCAUAUUUAUCUAGGCUUCAUGAGAUCAAUGAAGAGCCUACUUGCCCAUCUCCUUUCAACUUCGAUUUUGAACAGACAAACUUGGAUGAAGAAGAUAUAAAGGAGCUGAUAUGGAGGGAGUGUCUGAGCUUCAAUCCAGAUAUAAUGCAGGAAUGAUCUCACUGACAUUUAGUUCUAAUCUUGUUUUUGUUUGGUUUUGCUAGAGGGUUGGAUUACAAACUUGCAUGUGUAUAAUAUAAGAAUUGCUUCUGUACAAGCAGAAUAAAAAUUGGGGUUGUUU